UUGUAUUUAAUAUUAACUACAAGCAUGUACAUUCAGAGUGAGACUAUGGAGACAUCUUCCAAGGAUUCAUCCAAGUGCCAUGAUGCCAAGCGCGAGUCCUUAAAAAUCGCACCGUUACUAAAGCCAGUGUCCAUGAGUAUUUCCAACAGAUUCGGAUUGAAGUGGUAUCUGAUCAACGUGGACAACUUCAAGCCUCGGCGGAAGAGGAGGUACUUCAUCAACCUGUCGCGCUUCUCCACUCAACUGCCCAGUGUCAUCUCAAGCACUAUGCACCUCCUAAAGUAUCCAAACUGGAGUGCCAUCUUCCUGGCCACAACGCCUCAUAGCUUCUGUACUAUCAAGCCCAUUUCCCAAUGACAUCCAUCGUGACAUUUUCACCCGUGAAAAAGGCGAGUUCCAAACCGGAAUCAUCGAGGAAAAAGCUGAGAGGAUUACUUCCGUCGAAGACAAAGAAAGUCAAGGACGAAAAGGCAAUAAAGCUAAAAAGCAACGAUUUAAA